AUGCAUAACAUUGUUCAUAUCGAUGAGAAAUGGUUCUACAUUACCAAGAAGUCCAUGCAUUAUUAUUUGCUACCAGAUGAGGAGGAACCAUUGCGCACUUGCAAGAGCAAAAAUUUCAUUGCAAAAGUAAUGUUUUUGGUUGCUGUAGCCCGCCCGAGAUUUGAUGCAGAAGGGAAUGAAGUAUUUUCAGGAAAAAUCGGUGUUUUCCCUUUUGUCACUCAAGAGCCAGCUAAAAGAAACAGUGUUAAUAGAGCUGCAGGGACACUAGAAACAAAACCAAUAACUUCGGUAACCAAAGAAGUUAGUAGAACUUUUUUAAUUGAAAAGGUUCUACCUGCCAUCAGAGAAAAGUGGCCAGAAGAUUGUGUACGGGAUCCGAUUUUUAUUCAACAAGAUAAUGCCAGAACUCACAUUGAUCACAACGAUGCAGAAUUUUGUGAAGCGGCUAAAUUAGGUGGGUUUGAUAUUCGCUUAAUGUGUCAACCUCCAAAUUCCCCUGAUCUAAAUGUCUUAGACCUUGGGUUUUUUAGUGCGAUUCAGUCAUUACAAUACAAGAAGCUCCAAAAACUAUUGAUGAACUUGUGA